GACUUUGUGGCUGUGCUAUCUAAUGAAACCACCCCUGCUGAACAACAUACAUACCAUCAGAUCAUCCUUUCCUCUCAUUAGCUUGUUAGCCUAUCUCACAAGACAAGCGAUUCAAAUGCGAUGUAACUUUACUUUCACAACCUUUGGAUCAAGAAGUAACCUAGUGUUUUGAUGUUCAAUUCCACGUCUGGUUUGAAUAAAUCACAUCGUACAGCGAGUUAGCUAGCUAAAGCUCUGGUAAGAUGCUUACCUUGACUGCUAUAUUCCUUCAUUCUCAGCUAGCUAGCAGCUAAUAUUGUGUUAGCCAACAAGCUAACUAGCUAACAAGUUAGCUUCCUAGCUGACAAUCUUUUUUUUUUUUUUUAAAUAGGUGUAUCAAAUUAAGUGCAAUCUCUGAUUCAAGUUGCGAUGUUUAUCAUCUUAUCUAAUGCCAUGUAACUUGAUGGCAAGACAAGUAGCCAGAAGAAGUGUUUUAUGGGUGAGCUAGCUAGCUGCUGGGCGUUUUGGUACUCGUUUUUGAAAGCUAUCUUCCAGUGUAUUGUGAUGUGAUGCACCAGCUAUGGGGUUUGGUAGUAAUGUUUAACUAACCUGUCAGGUGGAAGAAGACUUGAGAGAGUCCUAUGCUGGACAGGACCUUUGGCUACCUACCAAAGCAGCAUCUGUUCACUACCACAGACAGACACACAGAAGGAUAAAAAUGCCUCUUGGAUUGGGUAGAAGGAAGAAAGCGUCUCCACUAGUGGAGAACGAGGAAGCCGAGCCGAUCCGAGCGGGCCUUAAUGUCCCAGGAAUGGACGGCCUGGAUGGAGGUGGUUUGGGGCUCGGGGAGGGUACUACCCAGGAGGGUCUGCCACCCCCACCCACCAGCCUGAGACCUCGUCUGAUCUUCCACACCCAGCUAGCACACGGUAGCCCCACGGGACGCAUCGAGGGGUUCAGCAACGUGCGAGAGCUCUACACCAAGAUCGGAGAGGCCUUUGGGAUCGCACCACCAGAGGUGAUGUUCUGCACUCUGAACACUCACAAGGUGGACAUGGAUAAGUUACUGGGGGGUCAGAUUGGGCUGGAGGACUUUAUUUUUGCCCAUAUCAAAGGCCAGAGGAAGGAGGUGGAGGUGUUCAAGGGGGAGGACGCCCUGGGGUUGACCAUCACUGAUAAUGGAGCUGGAUACGCCUUCAUCAAGAGAAUAAGGGAGGGUAGCGUGGUCCAUCAGAUCCAGGUCAUCAACGUGGGAGACAUGAUUGAGUCCAUCAACGGCCACAGUCUCAUUGGCUGUCGACACUACGAGGUGGCCAAGAUGCUCAAGGAGCUGCCCAAGGGGAAGGACUUUGUUCUCAAGAUGGUGGAGCCCUUGAAAGCCUUCGACAUGAUCAGCCAGAGGUCAGGAGGGGCCCGGGCUGGCUCAGGAACCCAGCUGGGGACAGGGAAGGGCACCCUGCGUUUACGCUCCAAAGGCCCAGCCACUGUGGAGGAGCUGCCCUCUGCGUUUGAGGAGAAGGCCAUAGAGAAAGUGGAUGACCUCCUGGAGAGUUACAUGGGCAUCAGAGACAGUGAGCUGGCUGCUACAAUGGUGGAGCUGGGGAAGGACAAAAAGAACCCAGAUGAGUUUGCCGAGGCGUUGGACGAGACUCUUGGUGACUUCGCCUUCCCGGAUGAAUUUGUUUUUGACGUCUGGGGUGCCAUCGGGGACGCCAAGGUCGGCCGGCUGUAACCGGAGGGAGCAGGGGAACAACCCGUGUGUGGUUUUGAAUGCUGAGGCACCAACCUGCAACAAACAGAACUGCUAGGAAACACCACACUACCAUCAUGUGAUUUACUUAUUGUUUUCUGUGUACUUAYUAUUUUUUAYGUGGAGUUUAYUACUCUUGUUGGGAUACUUUUGGGAGAGACUCUUUGGGAGGAUAGAGACAGUGUAUKGGAGAGGAUAGAGGACUCUGAUCACUAGCUCUGAUCACUYGAUCAGGCUGAAAAUACUCUCAUCAGAMWCAAGACUAUUGAWUGCAAUACGUGGAGGUUAUUGUUUUCAAACAGCAAGUGCUUUUCAAUUUUCUUCCAGGUCUUGUGGUUGUGGACACACCUCCUGACCUUGAACACGUCACAUGUUAACUCCCAGGUCUUUGUUCCACUAGUCCUCUGAGGAACAAUCCCGAGAACAACAAGUGGGAGAAGUGAGGGACCACGGCUUACAUACACCUACCUUUUGAAGUUUGAGUUCAAACAAACUGUGAUGUUUUCCCCCCACUUUGCACUGUUGCACUGCGCUGUAGAAAAUAUAAGAAAAGUGCAUUGUACGUCACUGGAGCAGUCACUCACUACAUAGCACUGGUGCAUAGAACUGGACUACAGAAUGUGUGUUCUGUGUUGUUCAGAGAGGGGCGUAUUGAGACGCUCAGGCCCAGAAUGUUCUGGUCAARUUGCAUGGUCAGAAAARACRUCUUAUUAGCACGUGCUAUUAUUGUUUGUUUCCUCGUUGUGAGUUCUUUUGGUUUUAUGUGCUGUUGAGUGUCACUAUUGAAGGAGUGUUUUGGCUGCUGAAGGUUUACAAUGCGUAGGCUGUCACUACAAAAUUAGCUGCAGCUUUUUCUAUGGUUCAAACUACAAUCACUAUCAGUUUUUCUGAAGUGAAUAAGGUAUAGAAACAAGCUACACUUUACAUGCAGCACAUCCCAGUCUGGUAACAAAGAUAGUCUGAUUGGUUAAUACUUAAAUGGUCCCCUUUGCCAGGGAAACUCCAGUAUUAAGAAAAGCAGUGUUAUAUUACAGUAUUACAAGAAUACUCAAGAAUUUGAAGUACUUGUUAAAAAAAAAAAUGUUAAAAAAGAACUGUCUUAUUGGUAGACUGUGAGCCUUUAUUGUUAUUUUUUUAAGAAUGUUUUUGCAGGAUUUUUUCAAGGAGUGGUGUUUUAAAUGAAAAAUAGUUGUGUAACUGAUGAGGAAUUUCCUCUGUUUUAAUUGAGUUGGUAAAAAUGAAAACUGAUAUCCAUGCCAAAAGCGUUGGCAUUUCCAAUAGACAGCAUUUUUUUAGGGACCAGACAGUCUCAACAUGAAGGAGCCAAAUAGUUAUGCACAUAAGUCAUGGAGCGGUCAAGUAAUGAAAGAAAAAUGCACCAUUAUGCAAUUCUGCAAUGAAAUGAAGGACCAAGUCCAACACUGUUACUUUAGGAAAGAACCUGGACACUACCAUAGGAACAGAAUGAUGUCAUUAUCAAACCAAACUACUUUCUGCAAAGUCAUCUUGGCUUUUAGUGACUUCUUAAUAGAUGAAUAAAAAAACAAAAACAUGCAAUAUCGGUCAAAGUUCCAAGAUAUAGAAAAUAAUUACUCAACAUAGAAAGUAUUUCUUUUCAUAACUUUAUGGGGUUGUAUCUUUUCCAUAGUCUAUCUCUGAAUGAACAACAUAUUUUUGUAGUAAAUUGUUUGGUUGUUUUUCUGUCUUUCAAUGCUGUUGAAGUAUAUCUAGAUGGUUACUGUCAUAAAAUACUGAUAAUAGCCACUGUAAUCCUGAGGACAUUGUUUUGUUAUGGCUUUCUAUUACAAGGUCUGAUUUAAAUGGCAAUAAUAAUGACAAAGAUGAUGAAAUACGAUGUCUUCCAUGUCUUUCCCUCAGUUGAAUACACAAAUGUUGUCUUGGA